AUGGAGGAGGACAACGUUUCUGCUGUAGUAGAGGAGUCCACGGCAGAAGAGGCAGUUGAAAAAAAAGAUGAAAAAUGUGAAAUAAAGGGCGAAGAAUAUGCGUACCUCGAUGCCACCGGCUUCACUUCGGAGUUAUUCAAAAUCGAACUGCGAGGGCUUCCCAAAUACUAUGGCAUUGGCGAAUUGAAAAAGUUGCUAAACGUGAAGAUGAAACUGUCUACGAAUAAAAUCAAAAUAAUGAAACCCGGCAGUCCAUUCAUUUUCAUUUGCUUUCGUAAUCAAGCGGAUCGUGAAGCGGCAAUAAAAGCACUGGAUGGCUACAAAUGGAAGGGCAAAGAGUUAUCAGCUUUCGAAGCAAAACCCGCUCCAGAUCCCUUAGUCCGCAGGCGUAAGGAAGCAUCUGCAGCCGAGGGAGAGCCAAUGAACAUUAAGCGCCGCACGGUGGAAGCUUCAGCAACGUCGCUUGCAUACCUAUCGUACGAGCAGCAGCUGAAGCAGAAACAAUCGGAAAUGGAAAACGUACUGCAAAAAUUUGGCAAAGAGCUCUGGUCUACCAUUCCCACGCUACGGGUUUUUGUAGAAAAGCAACGCCAAGAGCACGGUGGCCUUCCUUGCGCAUUUGAACCGAUUCGGCCAUCUCCUAUGCAGGACGAGUAUCGAAAUAAGUGCGAGUUUUCUAUCGGCAAGGAUGCACAAGGUGUAAAACGCGUGGGAUUCCGUGUGGGUAGCUACUCUAACGGAUUCCUAGAGGUUGAAUCGAUAGCACAACUCAAGCACAUCCCGAACUGUAUGAAACAAGCCGUGGCAUUGUUUGAAGAGUUUGUGCAGAAUUCACCAUUUGAUGUUUACAGCGCCGAGACGUAUCAGGGCUACUUUCGGCAAAUGACUGUACGAAUGUCCCAUGCCACUGGUCAGGUGAUGGUAAUCGUCGGUGUACAUCUCCAAUCACUGUCCGAAGACGAGCAAAAGGGGCUGAAAACGGCUAUUGUCGAAUGCUUGACAUCGGAAAUGGGCAAAAAGGCUGGCAUCUGUUCGAUCCAUUUCGAAGUGAUUCAAAAACGCCAACAAGGUCAAUACACCAAUCCAAUCGAGCACUUGUAUGGAGAAACACAUAUUGAGGAGAAAAUUUUGGGACUCACAUUCCGCAUCAGUCCGGGAGCAUUUUUUCAAAUCAACACCCCUGCAGCAGAGCUGCUUUAUCAGUGCGCUAUCGAUGUUGCUGCACCAGACCAAAACACAAGUCUGUUGGAUAUUUGUUGCGGAACUGGUACAAUCGGGUUAUGUUUCGCUCGGCACUGUAAACAGGUCCUUGGUGUCGACAUCGUUGAACAAGCUAUCAAAGACGCGGAAUACAAUGCCCAAAAGAACGGUGUGGAGAAUUGUAAAUUUUUCGCUGGAAACGCGGAUGACUUAAUUACGUCAUUGAUCCGGCAAGCAAACAUUAUUCCGGAGCAGCAGGAAUCUUUGAUAGCUAUCGUUGACCCACCGAGAGCUGGACUGCAUAUCCGCUCGAUUACGCAGCUGAGAAACGCCCGGGGACUAGAUAAGCUGGUGUACGUAUCGUGCUCUCCGCAAAGCGCCAUCAAAAAUUGGGUCGACUUAAUGCGCCCCUGCUCAAAACAACUGCGCGGAGACCCAUUUAUUGCGAAGAAAGCCAUCGCAGUGGAUUUGUUUCCUCACACUCCACACACGGAAUUGAUUAUAUUGUUUGAACGUGAGACAGAAACAAACACCGAAUCUAUCACUAAAGAAGCAACAGGGAAUGAUGAGAAAGAAACCGAUGAAGGUUCUCAAAUAUCCGGAGAUAUUUAA